CAAAUAAAAAUUGAAGCAGCAGCCAAGCGAGCAGCAACUGCACGCAAGGCAGGGCACGGCGUGGGUGAACCAGGCAGAGGCCGUGCAGUUGGCGAGGUUGGGCGAGCGGCAGGCGUGGCUGACGGCGGAUCCGUGGGGAGCAGAAUCCGGCGCACGAUGAGCCCAGCCCCAGGUUGGAGGUGGUGUCUGUUGAUUCUUCGAUGGAGAGAUAAUGCUUCAAAGCCUGGCGAUCCGUUGGGUGAAAUCUGAGUCCUGGUGGCGGAAUGAGCUUCUUGGAGUUGCCUUCCAUGGCUGAUGUUAUUUGUUGGUUUCUCCUAUCUCAUACUUGCUAUUGAGUGAAGCUUUUUUUCCUAGUUGGAUUAAAAGUUCUGAUCAAAUCCCACAUUGUGUUGGAAAUGAAAUCCUGGUUCCACAGGUGAGCUACUCUGCUGUAGUUUGCCAGAGAUCGAUCAAUCCUGUUCCUUCCAGGUUUGUUUUCCUCUUUUCCUUAAAAUUUAAGGACACUAUUGAUUUCAUUUAAUUUUAAGUUUUUGGAGAGAAUUGUCAUUGAAACCAAUAUGACCCUAUCCUUUUCCAUGACAGCAACGCGGUUAUCCAGCACUCACUGGCUGGCUGGCUGGCUGCUCAAAUUUAAAUUUAAAUAAAAUCACGCGCACUCACUAUUUUUAUAUAUAUUUUAUUAAAACUUUAUUCUUCGCUCAACUCUCUCUCUUUUGAUCCAUCGCUCUCAACUCUCUCUCUCUCUCUUUGCGGACAUGAUGACGGAUCCAUUGUCAUCUUCUUCUUCUUCUUCUUCGCUGCUGCCCCCUAGUGUUGUAUUCAAACCAACAGAUAAAGAAAUUUUGCAAGAAUUCUUGAUAAGAAAGCUUCACAAUCUUCCACUGCCUAACAAUGCUAUCGUGGAGAUGAAUGUCUAUGAUCGCCAACCUUGGUUGUACGCAAGUGGUCAUAAUUAUGGAAUGGAUCAGUACGAGACGUACUAUUUUGUGAAACGGGAGAAAAAGUCUAAAUAUAAAUCUGAAACCGCGAAGAACCCCAAACGGCACCUUAAAAGCGAGGGAAAUUCCAGUCGUGGAGGAUGGUGGAAGGCCAUCACUGGUGAUAAGCCAAUCCGUAAUAAGAGAGGUCGUAUAAUUGGUUUUAAGAAGACUCUCAAGUUUUAUACCUACAAGGACUAAAAGUAUGACCGUAGGGAGUGCGUCAGAACGGAUUGGAUAAUGCAUGAAUACAAGCUGCCGCAUCCAACAUUCCAAGAAUGGGUAGUAUGCGGCAUACGGUACAAUGGGGGAAAAGGGACUGGGCAAGAAUAUGCAUCGGGAUGCCAUUUGACGUUAGACCAUGCAUCGGGCCAUCGGCAAGAACGUGAGGAGGAUCAGCAGUCUCAAACACAACAGGAUUCACCAUACGAUAAAGUCUGUAAUGCUUCUUCUCAACUGAACAUGGGAUCGGAUGGGCAAUGCUGUUGGGCAAAUGCGCAAGAAUAUUUUGGGUUAAAUGAGCAAGAAUAUGCAUCGGGAUGCCAUUCGACGUUGGAAAAUCAACAAGCCCGAGAUAGCAACAGAUCUCUCGAAUUUAUUGAUGAUCCGAGUUGGAAUGAGUUUGAGGACACGGAGGGAUCCCAAGUUCAGUUUCCUCAGAUUUCAUUCACAGAGACAGAGCUCGAAGAUGGGGGACUUUAUUUUGAUUUGUGGACUUAAUCUCCGAAGAUGAACAGAAGAGGUUCAGUUGUUAGUAAUUGAAUGUACUCUUUUCUUCUUUUGCAUAGAAUUGAAUGUACUCUUUUCUUGUUUUCUUCUUUUCUACUUUUGAUUGGAAAGCGAAAACAUUCAUUGCUGUAAGUUGUUAUCUUUGAUAUGAAUAAAACAGAGCACA